GUGUAAAUAAUACAUUACCAACAAUUGAUCCUUUACAUGGUCUAUUACUUGGUAAUACAACCGCAUUUGAUGCUAUAACUACUCAACAACAAGAACUUUGCGCACAUAUCUCACCUUCACAACAACAGACAAAAGGAAACAUCGAAAAUGAUUCUUCAUCAUUACUUAUUAAUGAUAUUUCACAAUCACCAUUUGAUCAAGAUGAUAAAGAAGUCGCAGAAAGUAUGUCAUGUACAACAAAUUAUCCACUUCAAUUUGAAGCAAUACCGAAUGAUGAAGAUGAUAAUGAAGAUGGCGAUACAGUUUUUAUGCCAAUUAAAUCAAAUGAUGAUGAUGAACAAAUGAAUGAUAAUCAAGAUCCACUUUUAUUACCAUCGACAUAUGGUGAUAAUUCAUUAUGGUCAAAAUCAUGUCAUUCCACUGGUGAUAGUCCAAUGAAAGGAUUGAAAACAUCAAGUCGUCAAGUAGUUGAUGAUUUCAGUGAUCCAACAGAAACAAGUGAUAAAGAUGAUGAUUCAACAGCUGAUGAAGAAGAUUUAUUACAUUCACGUAUAAAACGACGUACUGGACGAUCACCAAAUACUUCUCAAAUACCUUUAAAUGUUGAUGCAUUACAUGCUAUUCGUGAAUUAACUCAUCAAUUAAAUGAAUAUCGUUCACAUGUAACAAAUCUAUCAUCUGAACCUCUUCCACAAACAACAUGUCAAGCAGAUUAUGAUGAAAAACUUGAACGAUGUUGUCAACGUCUUGAACAAUUAACUUCGAAAGUUGAUAGAUUAAUUAGUUUCGAACAAACUGGUGUUAUUUCUCGACCAAGUCGACCAAGUCCUAACACAGCACCAAUUGAUAUUCUAACACCAAAUGAACCACAAGUAAUUCUCACCGAUGCGCAUUAUGAUCGAUUAGAAGCAAUGCUUAUAGAAAAAAUUGAAACAUAUGUACAAGGAGCAAUGAAAUCUGUUUUUGAACCAUAUCGAGAUUUAAAAGAUAAUUUACAUAAAGAUUUAACUGCGAAAUUAUUAGCGACUGAUACAGUUAUUAAACAAACAAUAUCACAGAUAUUUCGUUCGAAGACAAUGAUUGAUUCAUUAAGUAAUUCGGUUGCAAAUGCCAUUCAAGCAACAAUGAUUUCAUCUUAUCGUGAUACAUUUAAUCAAAUAGUUAUUCCAUCAUUUGAAAAAGCUGCAACAAAUAUGUUUCAACAAACAAAUGAUGUUUUUAAACGUGGUACAAAAGAAUAUUUACAAGAAAUGAUUGAAUAUGGUCGUCAGCAACAACGUUCAUUAAUUCAACAACGUGAACAAAUGAUGACAGAUAUUCGUAAAGAAUCUACACAAUUAUUAAGAGAAUUUGAAAAAAAGAAUCAAGACUUAACCAGUACACUUAAAAAUGAAAUUACACAAUAUCUAACAGCAAAUCUUACACCUAUGGUUCGAGAAACAAUUCAAACAAUUAUUCGUGAUGAAGUUUCAGUUGUAUUACGUGAAUUAUUAGUUGCACAAAAGAAUGAAAUUAACGCAUUAAUUAUUCAACAUCUUCGACAACAACAAACAAUGACACCUAAACUUCCAACAACAGCAACAAUUAGUCGAACAACAACUCCAUUACCUGUUGCUGCUGCUGCUGCUGCUGUUGCAUCACCUACACCUUCAACAAUAGAUACAAAACAACAAACUGUAUUAAAACUUGCUCGUUCAGGUCAAUUAAAUCAAGCAUUUGAAUAUGUUUUAUCAGCAGCUGAUCUCAAUCUUGUUCUCUACUUAUGUGAAAAUGUUCGUCCAGCUGAAUUAUUCUCAAUUCAGCCAUGUCUAUUACAAAUACCAGUUAUUCUUUCAUUAAUUCAACAACUUGCAGCUGAUUUAACUACACAUCAAGAACUUAAAUACAAUUAUCUACAUGAAGCUUUGAUUUGUCUUGAUUUAUCACAUCCAAGUGUACGAGAUUAUUUAUAUAAUGUAUUAAUUGAUUUAAAUAAAAAAUUAUAUGCAUAUAUUCAAACAAAUUCAACAACACCCAUGGCUAAACGUUUUCAAUUGUUAUAUAUGGCAAGUCAAAGUUUAGUACAGAAGAUUGUACAACAACGAACAACACCAAUUAAUCAGAUAACAGCAUCAUCAAAAUAG